CUUACACGCUUCUCCAACUCUCUCUCUCUCUCUCUCUCUCUAACAUAAAACUUCACUCGUCUUCCGUUCGAUACUCAUUUUCUGCAUAUUGAAUUCACACCCACAACACGCCUUCAUAUAUAUAUACACACACAGUCAUCUCUCUAUUUCUCUCUCUACAGCUCUCUCUCACCCAAAAGCGAUAUGGGGUUUCCAGUUGGCUACAUCGAUGUAUUCCUCCCAAAACUACUCGUCCACGUGCUCCCUCCUCUGGUUUUCAUCAGAAAACUCAUUGUUAAGCUCCUCGCCAUUCUUGGUCUCAGCGAUUUCACCGAACCCGACGACACUGCAAUCUUUAUCCGACCCGAAUACGUAUCGGAGCCCCAUUCUGUCUCUGCAAUCCUGAUCCGGGAGCUCUUACCCGUGGUGAAGUUCUCGGACCUGAUCGACCCGCCGGAGAGUUGCGCGGUAUGUUUGUAUGAAUUUGACGGUGAUGAUGAGAUCCGACGGCUGACGAAUUGUCGGCACAUAUUCCAUCGGAGCUGCCUGGACCGUUGGAUGGACCACAAUCAGGACACGUGUCCUCUUUGUAGGACGCCGUUUAUACCGGACGAUUUGCAGGAGGCUUUCAACGAGAGACUUUGGGCAGCUUCCGGGAUCGGCGAUUUCUACGGCUAAUGCCCACCCAUUCCUGCUGCUCUAUACUUCUUAUUGCGAAUCCCCCAUUACACAUCUACUGGGUGGGUUAAAGAGUUGGGGGGUAAUUGGCUGAUUUGUAUAAAUUGUACAUGAUGUUAAAAAAAUUGACAGAAAAUAAAACAAUCUUGCCUUUCAUUAUAUUCUUUUAUGAUUGAAAACGAUACAAUUGUUAGAGUGU